GAGUCCCAGAGCAAUUCCAUUUCUACGCCCGUCGUCGAUGGUUUACCGAAAUCCGCACUCUUAAUCCAAUUAAACGCCGUCGACUAAAAAUAUACAAAAAAAAAAGCACGCACAAGAAAAACAAUGCAUUUGCCCCAAGGAGCAUUGAGCUUUCUGUUCAUCACUUGCAUGAUGUUCGUACUGGCAGGCGGCCAUCCAUCAAGCGACAAGCUGAAGAUCCGAAUACACGUGCCGGUGAAGCACCACACACAUGUGCACACGAAGACGGUCAUUAAGAAGGUUCCGUUGCCCAUUCCGGUGCCGGUCAAGGAACACCACCACGAGCCGAAGAAGCACCACAGCAGCCGCAGCCACCACCACCACCACCACCACGAGGACGACCAGGACGACGAUUUCGAGGGCUACGAGUACCCCAUCAAGGCCAAGCGGCGCACGCGGCAUCCCUUUGUCUGAGCCCGAGCACAGACCA